AUGUCACAGGGGGGUCGUGUCAUGUGUCCUGCGUGGUUAUUGGUCGCUGUGGUGGUGGGCGGGAUCUCAGGAGCCGUCAGUCAGUGCUGGGACCAUCCCAGCUGCCGAGACCUGGACACCAACCUGCAGGAGUGCAUCCAGGUUUGCCGCUCUGAUUUGUCGGCCGAGAUGCCCGUCAUCCCAGGCCCCUCCCACCUACAGGCCCCGCCCCCUCCGCUUUCCGACUCCGCCCUCUCUCCAGACGACUCCGCCCUCUCUGUAGAUGACUCCGCCCCUCAGACCAAACGCUCGUACUCCAUGGAACAUUUCCGCUGGGGAAAACCCGUGGGACGCAAACGCCGCCCCGUCAAAGUCUACACGAACGGCGUGGAGGACGACUCGGUCGAGGUUUUUCCCGGCGAAAUGAAACGCGCCUUGUCCAAUCAGGACGAGGAGGCGGGGCUAAACCAGGAGGUGCUGGUGCUGGAGAACGACGCGGCGGGGGCGGAGUCCGGCGGCGUGGGGGCGGUCCUCAGUGCUCUGCAGCAGAAGAAGAACAGCGGCGGGGGCGGGGCUUACAAAAUGAAACACUUUCGCUGGAGCGGCCCCCCCGAGUCCAAACGCUACGGAGGAUUCAUGAAGAACUGGGACGAACGGAGCCAGAAACCGCUCCUCACGCUCUUCAAGAACGUCAUCAACAAGAACCCGGCACAGACGCAGCACGUGUAG